UGUUUGUCGACCGCACGAAGGUAGCGGAUGGUACAGAGCGCACCGUUAACGGUACAACGGACGAAAAAGUGUCGCAGAGGCGAGCGAGCGCCUGCGAGCCUACACGACGACUCCUACCUCGUCCUACCUAUCUGGCACGGGGGUGAGGAAAAGGGAGGGAAGGAAGUGGACGAAGUUCUCGGGACUGUCUUGGGGCAUGGGGGGCAGCCUUUGGAGCCGCUGAUUGCUGGACGUCGGUGGACAGGGUCGUCGCAGGUGCACUAGGACCUAACUCAGAAGAGCCCCCAAAUACACAGUGUGUGUGUGUGUGUCUGUGUGUGUGUGAGUGUGUGUAUGUGUGUUGUGUAAGAAAACUGAUCUCAUAAUCAUGUUGGAGCAGCAGCAGUAGUGCUGUGUGUGUGUGUGUGGGUGUGUCGCAACCCCGAAUUGCGUCGCAAGUUGCAAUUGUGUCCUUAGUUCGGACUUUGGAGUGCUUCUGAAGGAACCUAACCGCGAAGAGGACGCGAAUUACCUGGAACGCCCGGAAGGACUGCAAAUCUCGAUCCAAUCAAAUCCUGACACUUGGACGCCAUCUUGGAAUCGAUGUCAGAGCCAGCGUGAGCCAAUAUUCGAUUUUUUGUGAUUUUCGCUUUGUUUUGUUGGCUCCCCUCCCGAAAUUCCCAGCGCGCAGUGGUAAUGGUAUCUCUGCUCCAGAAGAGCGUCCAACGGUGUUGUUGUGAAUUUUGUCCUAGUGGAGUGAACUAAAGUGUGUGUGUGUGCCUUUUCUGUGUCCAUUUUUAAAACAUCCUCGGCAGCGUGAUGCAGCGUUCGCUGUACGUGACGCCGAGCUGCGGUGGUUCGUCCGUUACGAUACCUUCCCUGCUGACCACACUGAGCAGUCACACCGACCAGCAGCAGCAGCAGCAGCUACAGCAGCACCAGCAACAUUACAGUGUCGUCACGCCAAUCGAUACGAUCACGCUGGAGGCGAAUCUCGGCAGUCCGACGGGGCGUAGUGCGCUCAAGCGCAAGCUGCCCAUCACCGAGCUGGAAGACCACUACCCGGUGUCGGUGACGGUGGCGGCACCGUACUCCUCCACCCUGGCCGACGGAACCGGCCCGCUCGGGACGAAGCAGCGCAAGGAUGUGGAGCAGGGCGGUGGCAUUGGCGUCGAGCUGCACGAGUUCCCCGCGUUCGGGCAAGCGUUCCAGGGCGUGUCGGGCAUCGGGCAGUUCUACGUGAUUGGACCGAACGACACGAACAACAACAGCUCGGCGAACCCGCUCGGCGAUGCGGGAGGCGAUCCACAUCACCACCACCACCACCAACACCACCAACACCACCAUCAUCAGGAGCAGCAGCAGAAUCAUCACCAUCAUCACCAUCACCAGCUGGCGACGUACAUCUACGACGUGCCGGGCACGAUCGAGACGGAAGCGACGGAGGUCAUCCCGAUCAGCGAGCACCACCUGACCUCGACCGUGCUGGCCCCGGUCGGCAGCGACGUGGUGCACCACACGAACGGGGGCAUCGUGCUGACCGACAUCAGCUCCUCCACCUGGACCAGCACGGCCGAGCUGCUCGAUCUCGACCGGAAGGUGGCCGGUGUGGCCGCGACCGUGCCGACGAACGUGCACCACCAUCGCUACUCCAUCGUCAGCACCGAGCAUCAGCACCAUCAGCAGCUACCGCCCCAACAUCAACAAACCACCCAUCAACAACAACAACAACAGCAGCAGCAUCACCAUCAUCAGCAACAUGCGCAUCUUACCUCACACCAUCAUCAUCAGCAGCAGCAGCAGCAGCAGCACCAUCAUCACCAGCCCUACCAGGCGUUGCAUACACACCAUCAACCUCAGCAACAAUCGACAUCCUCGCCGUCCUCUCCCCGACCGCCACCCACUCUCCCUCCGCCUCCACCUCCUCCUCCUCCGCCGCCACCGCCACCGCCAUCAGCUCCCGCGACGCCCACAUCCUCCGCCGACACCCACGUGCACACCCAUCGCAACAAUCAAGAAUCAGUGAAUCAGCAGUUUGGCGGCGGCGGUGGUGGUGGUGGUGCUGCUGGAGGCAGCGGUGGCAACACCAGCCCGUACAACAAUGGCAUCAACAAUCAGAGCUGGCCGAGUGCCGGCGAGCCCGGCCCAAGGUCCACGGACGGGGGGAGCCCGCGGCGUGCGGACUCGACGACACCCGCCACUGCCGGGCUGACGCUCACGAACGGCAUGAAGACGCCCGAGCGAUUAGCAUCACAAACCCCCGACACACCAGAAGACUGCAAGAAUCUGUCAUGGCUGCUCAACUUCAAGCUCGAUGACAUCCCGAACCUGUCGCCCCGCUCCAACCGGAAGCAGCGCUCGAAGGGAGCGUUCGGGUCGGGACCGGGUGGGACGAACCAGGACGGCGGAGCCCUCCCUGGCAGUGGUGCCACCGGUGCCACCGGUGGUAGUGCUGGAGCGGGCGGUGGCGGCGGCGGCCUGGGUCCCGAUUCUGGCACGGUUGCGAUUGAGGAGGGCGAUCUGAACGUCGGCGAGAAUGUGACGAUCGAGAGCAGCAACGGAAAGUCACCGAAGAAGCCACCCUUCACCUACACCGAGCUGAUAGAGUACGCGCUGGAGGAGCAGGGCGACCUGACGGUGGCAGCCAUCUACCAGUGGAUCUCGGAUCACUUCCCGUACUACAAAUCGCACGACGACCGCUGGAAAAACUCGGUCCGCCACAACCUCUCGAUCAAUCCGCACUUCCGCAAGGGUCGCAAAUCGUCGCACGGUUCCGGCCACCUCUGGACAAUCUCGAGCCGAAACUCGGAGGACAACUUUCUCGCCUGGGAGCAUAAAAAGCAACGCUUCGAGUGGUUCUUCAAGAUGGAGGCGAACGCACGCCUGCGGGAAGUCGGCACGAGUGACACGAUGACAGAUGCGGAGGUCGCCGCUGCAACGGCCAGCCUCGCACAGUACGUGCCGAAAUCGCCGGCCACCACCGGUUCGCCGGUAAGUCAGUGUCUGGAAACGAUCAACGCCGCUGCACAGGAACCGCAUCGACAGCAUCUGUCUCACACGCUGCAACAGCCGGCCCAACAUCAGCAACAGCAGCAACAUCAGCAGCAUCAUCACCAUCAUCACCAUCAUCAUCAUCCGCAGCAGCAGCAGCAGCAGAUAACGACGACGUACCAUGAGGCGCAGACGCUGUACGCGGACCUCAUCACCGGCGCGCAAUUUAAGGUGACGGCCAGGACGGAGCAGGAGCUGAAGCAUCCGGACGAGGACGCAUUCAAUGGAAUACGGCGCAGUGCCGAGAUACAGAUCGAACGCCCCACGCAAACGAUCCAAACGUACGAGAUGCUCGAUUCUGCGGAGUACAACAUUGCUGACUACCUGAACCCGGUGCCGAAGGAGGAGAUCGUCCAGGAGUGUGGGCUGCGCUCGGUCGCACUCGAUCCAGCCGAGCUCGGCAUUAACAUCCCGUCGGCGAGCGGCCAGGACGACGACAUCCUGUUCGACGACUUCAAUCUCAACUACUUCGGCAACAACAUCAUGACCUGACGACGUGCCGCACUGCAGGAGGAGCAGGAGCAGCACCAGCAGCAGCAGCAGCCUUCCACAAUACUGCUUGCUCCCCUGCUCGAGCCAGUCUUUGCCAUGGGCCACCAGUCCGUACCGAUCGACGGUACGGUGCAGCAGAUCGUUGCCAUGCUACCGGCGACUGUCGUCGCUAAGGCAGUCUCCACCAACGCGCAAGGCGACGAACCUCCGCCGGCUUAGUGAGUGCUGGGAGAGACGAAGCGUCUCGGAGACGAGAUGCAUACACAUAACCCCCUCAGACAGACACCUGCUCCGAUCGAUCCUAGAGUCUAACAUUCCCCGUUUCCGUUCGCUCCACAGGUUUAGCAAUGCGGCAGCAAUGCAGGAGAGGUUAGAGCGAUUACUCGUUAUUAGUUUGUGCCAUACGUAUAAUUACGCCCGUUACUUGAACGUGUUGUGCCCUUUGUGUGUGUGUGUGUGCUGUGUGUAUGUGCGUACGUGUGCGUGUGUGUGUGCAAUUUGAAGUGUAUGUUUGAAUUAUCGCGAAUCCCCCGACAGGGACCGUAGCAGCAAAAGUUUCAUAUACUUAAUACAAUUUAUAAUACCAAAAAACAACAAAGCAGCAGCACCUUCCCAUUCUGGUGGUACACGCAGCUGGUGCGCGGGAGCUUUUCGUUUGAUCUACUCAUUGUUCUAGUCAAAAGUAACGAUUUACCAAAAAAAAAAAAACAAAUAAACAAAAAACGAAGCGCCUCGCUCACUGUCUCUCUUUCUCUUUAAAGCAAAGUGUGUGUGGGUGUGUGCAUGUGUCUGUGCAAAUGGUUUAAAAAUCACAUCCACACACACACCCACAAGGAACAAUCAACAUUUUAGUAGCGUUAUCCCUACGACCACUCCUUACCUUAGCACCUGGAGCAGCGCACUCACACACACACACACACCCACUUUCCAAAAAAAGGAAAUUUUUUAACAUAAGCAUCUGGAGCAGAAGUGAUUAGGGCAAACAACCCAUCCCAGUGCCAUUCGUACACAUCCUGCUCUCUCUCUCUCUCUCGUUUAGACAUUAAUCGUAACCAAAGAAAGAACUCUCUCACACACGUGCACACCAAAAACCGCUAUUUCGUACUUCUCUAGCUCUAAUGAAUUCAACCGAAUCGAAUGCCAAUUGUUAUUGGUUUUUUUUUACAAACAAUGGCAAACAAUAAAAACCAAACGCUACUCCUCUAGAAGUCAACCGAUGCUCCCCCGCAGCACGUGGUGGAGCACGUGGCGAAGGCUUCGGAGGCUUUGGCGCUCAACAAAUUGUAAAUUCCCUCUCGCACAUACCUAAAGCCCGUUCUUAACACACACAAAACAAAACAACAAACAAACCCCCAUGCGAGGAAGAAUAUAUGUAAACGUAU